AUGCGACAGUACGCAGUGAAGCGCAUCGCGCUGAUUAUCCCCACCGUGCUGCUGGUGUCCAUCAUCGUGUUCACGGUGAUGCGGCUGUUGCCCGGCGACCCAGCCCUGGUAAUUCUGAGUGAAGGCGACGCCGCUUUCACCCAGGAAGAACUGCAAGAUUUGCGCCGCCAACUGGGUACCGAUCGGCCCAUCGUCGUUCAGUACGUGGAUUGGAUCGGCGGGCUGGUCCGGGGCGACCUGGGCACUUCUAUCUGGCGGUCCGGACAACCCGUUUCCAAACUGGUGGGUGACCGGAUAUUCCGAACCCUGGAGCUCGCCGUGCUGGCAAUUCUCAUUGCCAUAGCCUUCGCGGUCCCCCUGGGAGUCGUUUCCGCCAUCAAACCCGACAGCGCAGUCGAUUACCUGUCCCGGGUUGUGACCCUGGUGGGUAUAUCCAUACCCACUUUCUUCGCUGGCCUGCUGGUGGUGCUGUUGUUAUCCCGAGGUUUUAGCUGGUUGCCUCCCCUUGGGUACGCCGACCUGUGGGAUGACCCCUGGAAAAAUCUCCAGCAAAUGUUCCUGCCGGCCCUGGCAUUGGGGUUUUACGAUAUGGCGUUCAUCGCCCGGGUUACUCGCUCCUCGAUGAUGGAGAUCAUCCGCGAGGACUACAUGCGAACGGCGCGUGCCAAGGGCCUGGCAGAGCGUAUCGUGCUGGUGCGCCACGGGUUGAAAAACGCCGUGCUGCCCAUCCUGACCAUAUCGGGCUGGCAGUUUGGACGUCUUUUCGGCGGCACCGUCAUCAUCGAGAGCAUCUUCAAAGUACCCGGCAUCGGGACCCUGCUCAUCGAGACCGUGUUCCAGCGUGACUUCCCCACCAUUCAGGCAAUCAUCAUCGUCAUCGCGGUGUCCAUCGUAAUCAUCAACCUCCUGGUUGACCUCCUGUACGGUUUGCUGGACCCCCGGAUCCGGUAUGCCUAG